AUCCCCGUCGCCGAAAGCCGCCUUUUACGUAGCCGCCUAUAAAGUUGUUCCGGUGACCGCGCGGCCGCCUCAGAUACACUCCACCCUUGAACGCAUCGACCAGCAUUGCUUUCUCGCCAUGAAUUUCCUCGUUUUACUAUUAAUAGCUCUUCCUGCGUGCUUGGCACAAUUCACGAUACAGGGACCCAGUGACGGGAAUCGAGUCGCUCAGGGCUUACGAAUAGAGGAAGGGAAAGGAAUCGAGUACACGGAUCAAAAUGACGCACACGAUAGUGGUUUCAGUAUUCAAGGUGCCACGGAUGGUAGUGCUCAGAUACAAGGUUCCAGCGAUGGCCAUUCCAAUUUUCAAAUUCAGGGUGCCACUCAGGGUAUAGCUGAAAGAUAUGUGCAAGGACCCAGUGCAGGAGCAUACAAUAUCCAAGGAGCGUCCGAUGGACAUAGUCAAUCGAUUAUUCAAGGAGCCUACGAUGGUAGACCGGUUGCUCCAAAAUCUCUCCAAUAUAACGAUCCCACUGGACUGAGAGUAAACUGGAGAUCGUACGAUCGGCAAUCGCGGCCAGCAGCACAACAGGAAUAUUCUCAAGCUGCAGCUCCAACCGCGCCAAGAGCAUCGCAUCGGCAAAGAGCGUCUGCCCCUAGACAGCCACCUCCACCGCCACCACCAGAACCAGUCGCCUUGCAACAAUCGAAGUCUAUAGAUAACGCUCCUUCUCAUAUCAAGCAUCUUCUUCAGCUCCAAGCUCAACUUCCAUACGUGAACAUUAUUCCUGAACCGUACAGAUACGAAAAUCUGAUAUCGCUACAAGGUGCGAAUCAACCGCAACCUCAAUACGAACCUCGGUACGAGCCCCAAGAAGAAUUGCCUCCAGAACCACGGCGUCCGGCUUACCGCGGGAAAUCACGUGGUCCAACUAGACACAGACGACAAGCACCGCAACAACAGCAUCGCAAACUUCCGCAACCACCAGCCGAGCCACAGAUCAAAUACUCGCCCAAUCUACCUCCUCAUCUUCAACAACUCUUGAAAUACCAGGCGCAAACACCUUAUGUCAACUCGAUUCCAGAACAGUACAGAUUUAAUCCGGAUCCAUCCGCGCAGAUGCAGCUGGAACAGUUUCGCAAUUACUAUCAAGAUUUGAUUAGACAGCAACCAACGUCUCCUGUUGUGCACACAGUGCCACCGGCGGUUGCGCCACCUCCUGUACAAGUUUCACCGUCAUCAGAUCCAUCGCACCAUCCAAGAAGACAGAGAAGACAAGCGCCUCAUCAAUCGCGACAACAGCCAAGACCACAGCCAAUACCAGCCGAACCGGUCCCCCAAUAUUCCACAAAUAUUCCUGGUCACAUUCAAAGUCUGUUGAAGUAUCAGGCCCAAAUCCCUUACAACAUCAUUGCCAAUCAGAUCGAUUAUCGCCUCGACAAACCGUACGUGCCCCAGCCAGUGCAACCCGCUGGACCGCCGCAAGUUCAAUAUCAACCUUCCGUGAAUAAUCAUCCGUAUCAAGGGCAGACGAGCAGCGGCUAUCAAAGUCAAUUGAAUACCGCUUACCAAUCGAGCGAUCCAGCUUACCAUCAGGAUCAAGGAAGAGACGCGUAUCAAGGCCAACCAAGCGGGUACAGUCAAGUUUACGCUUCUCAACCGCAAUAUAGUCCGCAAUAUACUCAGGCUCAGCUUGGAUACGAGACAGCUGAUCAAGGAGUUCGUCCUGUGACCGAGAAGCAAUAUAAUCGAAAAUAAACGGGCGUAAUUGUUUGUUUGUA